AUGAAGACUGUAAUUGUACCAUUUACAAGGAAGAGAAAUUUUGAUAUUAGAGUACCAACUCUCUUCGGUAAUAAGAUCCAGGUUAAGAGGGAGUUCAAGUACCUAGGAAUAAGGCUGGACGACAAGCUCACCUGGAACAGCCAUUUGGCACAUAUAACGCAACGCUCUCAGACCACACUUAUGAUGAUGAGACGGGCUGUUGGGAAGACCUGGGGUCUAAGUCCACAAAUGACUAACUGGCUAUACACUAGGGUUGCAAGACCGAUGAUGGUGUAUGGCUCGGUGGUUUGGUGGACCAAGAAAAUGCAAACUACCACUGUAAAGAGACUACAAAAGAUCCAGCUAGUGGCAUGCCUUAGCAUCACAGGAGCCAUGAGAGGCACUCCAACUGCAGCCCUGGAAGUAGUGCUAAACCUACUACCUCUCGACAUCAUUGUGAAAGGAGAGGCAAGGAUAACAGCCUACAGAAUGGCUUGCAGUGGCAACUGGAAGUAUAAUGCCUCCAGUGAGCACACAAGAAUUGUAGACAAGGUGCAGAUGAACACCUUGGAAAUGCUACCAGACAGGAUGGUGAAGAUCAUAGAUCUAGAAAAACCAUACAAUGUCAACAUUGUUGACAGGGAUGCCUGGGACAAGAGUGAACCUGAAAACAUGAUUAGGGGGAUCACUUGGUAUAAGGAUGGCUCGAAAAAGCCAACGGGCACGGGGGCUGGAAUAUGUGGAGUCAGAACCAAGGCGCAGUUCUGCUGUGCGAGAGUGUGUUUGAAGCGCGGUCUUAUAGGCCACACUGUAUACAUGAACUCAGACAGCAAAGCAGCACUAAUGGCACUUGACAGUUUUGACUUUACCUCCAAGGCUGUAUGGGACUGUCAUCAAGCCAUGAAAGCCCUGGGAAAGAAUAACAGGAUCAUCCUUAGUUGGGUUCCAGGGCACAAAGGUAUCGGUGGCAAUGAGGGAGCUGACAAGUGGGCAAACAAAGGAGCUGAAAGCCCGCUCAUGGGUCCAGAGCUAUUGCUUACAGCACAGCACAGAGAGCUGUUCGACAGUGGAUGGGCAUAG